UUGAACGAAUAUUUUAAAUGGCGGCGCGGUGUUCGGCCGCGGCGUCUCCACGGCAACGGAGAGCUCCUAAACCCUGAACCGUUCAUAAAUAUAAACGUGUAAACACUAUUCAUCAUCAUCAUCAUAGUUAACAAUUAUAGGUGUUAGAUAGGGGACGUCUUAAAUCCUCGAGUAUGGCGGCGUCUGGCGCGGUGAGUGAAUCUGUGGAGAGACUCAAGAAGAAAUACCUGGGCCAGGACAGAGGAAACAAUGUGAAACCCCCUGAACCACUGUGUGUUGAUAGCGUGGCCCAGGGCACUCUCCAGGAGCCAGGGGUGUCCGCGAAGUGUGGCGGAAUAAGGCAUGAAGAGCGGGCAUUACAAGACCUCCAUUCCCUCAUAAAGAUGCACACACGCCUGUUUGAUGGGGUUCCGGGCCACCGGUCGGCAGGUGGGGGGACCAGAGAGGCAACAAGUGGUGAAGGGGAGAGUGACGGGCAGCCAGCCCACAGCCGCAUCACACACGAUGCCUACACAGAGACUGACGUGACGCUGACAUCACAAUUGGUCAAGGCGAGACCUGGCUUCACGCACCCACCCGGCACGGACUCCCGUCUCACCUCGCCGAGCAGGGUGGCAUCCAGACGCAACCGCCGCAAAAGCCAGAGCUGGGGGAUUCGGCACACGAGGGCAAGGCGACCGGGACGGAGAGCAAUCCACGGCAACCCCUGCUCAGAGGACCCUGCUUGCUCAAGCCACGUGUCGUGGGAAUGUUCAGGAGACAUCGAUGAAGAUGAGUACGACGAUGUUGAAGAUGACGCAGCCAGCGAUGGUGUUGACAAUGGUCUUGCUGAGAAUGGCGAGGACAAGAGAUGGGACAGUACCACGGAGUGGAAGAGGAAGGAGGCUGACUCUUCGCUGGGGGACCUGCGACACGUCUAUGCAGAGCUUGAGGCCAUCCACAGCAAACUGCAGCGGGAGAGUGCGGCGCUGGCGGAAAGGGCGGUGAGGGCUGCUGAGCGUGAGGGCCGUCUGGCGGCACGUGAGGAGGAGGUGGCAGUGCGGCAUGGUGGCGCGCUGAACAAGUUGCGUGAGGUGCAGGCACAGGUGCAGGGCACGCUGCAUGCUUUACGACAGCAACAUGCUGCUGAGGUGCAGGAGCUGAGCGAAGCACUGAGAGAGAAAUCCCGGGAGAAUAAGCGAAUAAAAGCCUCGUUUGACACACUGAAGGAUAUGAACGAUUCCCUAAAGAAGCAGAUGAGUGAGCUGACGGAUCAAAAUAAGCGGCUGGAGACCCAGUCACACCGCGUGCAGCAGCGGUUGGAAAACCUGCAGAGGAAGUUUGACUUCCAGCAUGCGCAAAAAGGACGGACUGUGCUCCUCACGCAGGCCCACAAUGGCCAGUUGCGGAGAGCGUUGGAAAAGCCAGACAAACAGCCGCCACUGCAGCCUCACAAGGUCAAGCAAGCAAGUGUGGGGCUCUGUGAGCUUCUGGGGCUGCUGCUGUUGUGGGUGCCGGAUCUACACCCCUCACCAGACCCGAACGUCGCUCUCUCGCUGGAGAAAUGCAGCAAGGCCCUGACACUGGUCGUGGAGCAGCUCUCCUCCGUGCCAUCCGUGAGCAAGAGGCUGCAGCUGCCACUCGUCAAUUUUGUGCUCUGGGCUCUGGGCCGCAUGGAUGGGACCUCACAGCACACGACACUCACCGCGACGUACCGGCGCCUGGGAGAGGAGCUGUUCAAGCCGAGCGGGAGCACGCGCGGAGCAGAAGGGUCGGCUGAGUCGUCGCCUGAGCUCAAGCCCCAUUUGGGGGGCAGCUUCUUUAGGAGCUCGGAGCCCGAGGUUCGACUGCUCUCCUCGCUCGUCAUCCUCCGCACCCUCUCGCAAGCGGACGUGUUGGCACAGGUGCUGGACAGCGUAUGCUCAGACCUGCAGAGUGAGCAGAGCAAGCGGCUUUUUGUGAGGCACGGCGGCGUGGCGGUGGUCACGGCGCUGCUGACGUCGCCCUGCAGGGGGCUCUUGGGCGACGCUGUGGGCGUCCUACUGCUGCUAGCGAUGAGCACAGAUUCCGGCUGUGUGGAGGAGUUCCUGGCGGCGUGCAGCACAGAGGUGUGGUUCCGCUCAUGCUCUCAGCUGCUGCGCACGCCACAUCUUGACCCGCUAAUCCCAGAGAAGAUGAGUGUCAUCUUGCAGAAGCUCUCCAAGAUCAAGACUAACCGGCGCCUGUUCGAGGCAUGCUCCCUUCACAUCCAGCUGCAAGAGAUGCUGCGCACAGCCGAGCCACAUCAGGUGUUUCUGACUGUCAACCUGCGCUCCACCCUGCACCAGCUAGAUGUAUUCCGGGGAACCUGCACCUGAGGGUCCCAUCCCUCACUGCUCGACGAAUGGGAUGGAGGGAUAGGAGUCCACCUGAUGGUGCCGUCUGCUUUAUCCGUAAGCACAUGGUGAGCUUACCAUUAAAAUGCACUCCCCUGGACAGCCAACCUCCUGAUCAGUUUGUACCAAGUCAGGCAUUUUUUUUCAAUUGCAGUACUGUCAUUUGUAUAGACUUGCCACAGCAUGCAGUCUGUAUGUAGAACUUCUUUCACACCGUACGUAGCCAAGCAUGCUAAGCGGAGGCUCCGAUGAUGUAGAGUGGAUGUUAAUUAUUCUAACAUAAUUUAACGUGUCGGAGGCAGUCUAAAUCCCAAGUAUGGAAAUUACAUGCAUCCGAGUUGGGAAUUUUACUUGUUCUUUCACGUAUGUAUUUUUUUACAAUGAAGACAAUCUCCAACAUCAAAUUUUUCUAAAUAAAGGAUGUGCUAUAUCAGUUCUGACUGGUAUAAUGUUUUAAGUGUGAAGUCAAUCCCAGUCAAGGCUGCGGUGCAUGCACAAUGUUGAUGUUAUGGCGACUAGUUUUCAAAGACAAGGUGCCACACAGGUGAUCCAGUGCUUUAGUAGCAAAGGUUUGUGAAUAAUGCAGAUUUGUGAACACUUGAAACCUCUUUUUCUGCGUGGUUACCAGAUUACAGUAAAUGGGUUGUUAAAUUCAUCUAUCCAGACACUUGUUUGUGGUAGGGUACUAUUUAAUUUUAUAUUUAUGAAAAAGGGAUCUGAUACUACCUUCUAAUAAGCACGGUUUUCUCCAGGUACUCAUUUCCUCCCGUGCACAUAAAAAUGGAAUUGGCCAAUAUUCCAAUGCAGGACAUUAUAAAAGAUCUACACAUUUCUUUAGUUACCCAUAAGUCUAUAAAAAGACACCAGCACACUUGUGUACAAAAACAACCUUUAUUUUUUUCACGAUAAAACAUGUUAUUUCAUCCAGGCUGUAAAAACAUCAAUCCUCCACGACACGCUUUGCCUUAUCCUGUAAUUUUAUCAGGCGAGCGAGCUUCUGAUGUUGGUCAGGUAUCUUUCUACACAGGCAAAGGUGAAGCCGUUGUUUGACAAAAGAAGUUGACAUUUUACUUGCAGUGUUGCUGUUUUCGAAGACCAACUACAGCAGAACCUCGAUUGUCCAAUAUGCAGGUGGAUGCCCAAGGAAAUGACCCCAACAUACAAGUUUAUCUUGUUGGCCACCCAGUGGCUCACAUCAGGUGUGCAGUCAUUACUUGCCCUGGGUUCAAUGCACAAUUCUAUCAUUCACCCAAAUUGUGAGCCAAUGGGGAAAAAUAACCCGGUGUAAGGUCCCAUUUAAUGGCCAAUAGAUCAGGCAAUGUGACCCUACUGCUUAUACCGGUCUUUUUUUUAGGAAUAUGCUAUUUAUUUAAUGUUAGCAGCCCUAACCAUAACCAUGUGUCCAUCAGGAAGUAAACACCUGAUAUUUAAAAAUGUCUACUCAGGCCUCAUCCUGGGACUUCGUCUCCUUCCAUUAAUGCAAACAGCCUUCUGACUAAUCCUAUUGGAGUGGCUUAUGUAGUAAAUAAAGGUUAUGUGCUUACAUUUGUUCUUUAAGGGUGCAAUGAAAACACACCUCAAUAAACUACAAAACAUGCUUUUACUCCACAACCUACAGAAUUUUUCUGGGUACAAUGCACUGAAUCUGUCCUGUGAGCUAUGAACAUGACAUGUCAAUGCAGAAAAACCUGAGCUAGAACGCAUUUUUCCACAGUGCAAAGGGUUCAGUUUCUUCUUUCAUCAAUGUCUGAAACCGUGAAAUGCACUCUUUGGCGCUGAAGCUGACAAAAAAGUUUACUUACACGGGUCAGCCUAUUAAGUCCACGUAUCUGAUCGCCGCCCACCCCCUUCGACUAACAGUAUCAGAGGUUCUGUAAAAUUAAAACUAUGACCUGGCCAAAUGGAAGAUGGUUCAGGUGGUAGAGGCGGUCACAUCUCAGCUGAUGAUUUGUCUUAAUUUACUCCUGAAGGUUUGUCCUCGAAGACCAAAGUGCAUAUUUACUUAAACCCAACAUUGCAACUGUGUGGCUUCUUUAAGGGAGGUGAAAGAAAAUGAAAACAAAACAGAAAAAACGAAAGUAAUAAUUGCAAUAACACUUUUGUUAAUAUGCACAAAUUGCAACAUUUUUCUUAAAAAUAAAAAAGUAGUUUGACCGUACGCUGCAUGAGACGCCUUUCCUGACGCCACCACUGUUCAUUAGUGCGCGUGGUUUACACAGUUCAUUGAGACGGCUCGCAGGUACUCAACAGGAACAGCUUUCCCACUGGGUGAAGGACACGAUGCUAGCCGGUGACUUGAAAUAGACAUGAUUUAUGUUGUGAAGCAGGUGGUGAUGGGCCUGAGGGGGCAGAUCGGAUACAUUUGGUAGUUUUUUGGAACGGUACGGUGUGUUGGAGAGUGAAAUGUUAGGUUAGAGAAUAGUUUGUCAAGUGAGAAGCAGAAGGGUAUGUAAAUAGAAUUUUAAAGUGAAUGGUUCAUUGGUGUGGAACAUGAAUAGAAGUAUGGUUUUGCUUGGACAGCUAGCUGGAGUUUGAC